AUGAAGAAGUCGCAUAAAUUGCCAGUUAGCAUUCAGAAACUAACUCCGUUCAUUCAUACAGUCCAAGAUGGUUCUCGAACAUGCAAUUUGCUUCGUGUAGGAGGUCGUCUACUAAACGCACCACUGUCUUAUGAUUCAAAAUUUCCCUUGCUGUUACCUAAGAAAUUGCAUUUUGUCGAGAUUUAUUUACGAUUUCUCCACACAACCAAUUGUCAUGCUGGUCCAAAAGCCUUAGAAGUGCUGCUUCGUGAAAAAAUUUGGGUCAUAAAUUCAAGCAAGGCAUGCAGUAAAACCGUAAGAGCAUGCAUACAUUGUUUUCGAUACAAACCUAAGCUGUUGACCCAAGUAAUGGGAAACUUACCUGCAGAUCGGUUAAAGGCACUACGACCCUUUUUAAUUAGCGGUGUCGAUUUUUGUGGGCCUGUAUACACUACUUUGAAAAUUCGUGGUCGACCACCAGUUAAAAUGUGUAGAAGCCCUGCUAAAUUCUCGUCCACUCAGUCCAUUGAGUCAAGACCCAAACGACAAAGAGGCGCUAACACCAGCACACCUGUUGAUUGGAGGUACUCUUCACACGCUGCCGCAAGAAUUCGCGCAAGGCGUCUCCGACAACAAAUUGAGCACUUUGAAACGUUGGCGUCUGUUAUGCGAGCUCAAACGGAGGUUUUGGCAGGCCUGGUCCAAAGAUUACAUCCUACAGCUGCAGCCCAAGAACAAGUGGGUGUUCGAGCAGCCGAAUCUCGCAGUCGGCCGACUAGUCGUCGUCCAAGAAGACAACCUUCCCUCUCACCAGUGGAAGCUCGGAAGGGUGGAAGCCGUAAUUACAGGUCGCGACAAUAA